AUGCCUCGAUUCUCACCGAUUUCCUCCAACCCUCGAGCUUUCUCCGCUCUAACUUUGCGACGAUCUGACCGUCCCCCUACAUCGCAUCAGCUCGACAAUCAUCUUUCGGAGGCAGAAGAUUUGAAAUUGGAUUCUGAAACAAGCCCCUCGACUUCAACGCAGGAUGUCCCUUGGUAUUUGCAAGAAGAGGCGCCCCCGGUCAGGGACCGUCCGUUGACCGAAGAUGCCCUCCCCGAACUCCCGAAUGAUUCGCCCGAAAUGCUUCCCGCCAUGUUGGAGUACACGUACAAGGACCUGGGCCUCGACAGUCUCAAGAUAUAUGAUCUCCGUGGUAUGGAAAUCCCUGCAGCCCUCGGCGCCAAUGUCAUCAUGAUUGUUGGAACUGCUCGCAGCGUGAAACAUCUGAAUGUUUCUGCUGAUCGCUUAUGUCGUUGGCUAAGAAGUCAGUACAAGCUGUCCCCAUACGCAGAUGGCUUGCUGGGACGAAAUGAGUUGAAGAUCAAACUGCGGCGCAAGGCCAAAAGAGCGAGAGCCGCCAGUGCAGCAGGCGCAAUGAUCGACGAGAAAGACGAUGGAAUCACUACUGGGUGGAUUUGUGUUAAUGCCGGAGUAGUGGACGAAGGUGCCUCCACAACACAGCUCAGUGACGUUGGUAUUGAAGGAUUCGGUAACCUUGACCUUGGCACCAGCGUCGUGGUGCAGAUUUUCACCGAGGAGAAGCGGGCGGAUGUUGACCUUGAUGGACUUUGGGAGGCUACCCUGGCCCGAGAAGGACGCAAGAAUAUUCGGGAGUCAGAGAAUGCUUCCAAGAACGCUGCCCCUCCCCGCUCCAUGUCCGAUGGAUUCGGGUCUACCCCUGGCCAAAGGAGAGGUUUCCAUACCAUGCGCCGACUUGCAGGGCCACAAAUGACCUCUAUUGGAUCUGGGCUAGACUCCGGGUUUGCUGGAAUCGGAGGCUCUUCGUCCCCAGAUGGCGCAGCAGCAGCCGCAUCUCAAUUGACACCGACCUCUCUCCUUCAGAUUCUUUCCGAACUUCCAGCUGAGAGUGCACGGGCGGAGCUUGGAAGUGGUCCGAAUGAUCGAUUGUCCACUCUUUUCCUACGCCUCUUCUACAACAACCACGCGGCCCGUUACUCUGCGCAAGAAAGAGCGUCAUUCCGAUUGAAGCUCUUUUCGAUCGCCAUGUUCAGACAACAUCCGGCUUACAGCAAGAAUUCACUCUUUGAAGCUUUUUCGGAUUUCCUCCGCGACGGGUAUGACCUUCCAGACGACCUUGCAUUCGAUAUUGUUUCUGCUCUUCUGACACCACAACCAGUAGAGAUCGUUGCCGAGGAGUCCGCGCUUAAAACAACCAAUGCCAAUUUGGAGCUCGCUUUAUCUGUGCUUGAUCGAUUAAGUCUCCGCGGUGUGCCAAUCCUGAACAUGAGAAUGUUCAACAUACUCUUCCAGGCAGUCGGCAUGUCAAGUCCCGCAACACAACCUCUUGAUGAACCGCACCCAAACGGAGUCACUCAACACUCUGUCAAGGUUCAGCUUAGUGAUACUCAGAAGCACAUUCUAUCUCAUUUGUCUAAGCUCUUCUCGGCCGCCAAUGUUCCAUUUGUCGCAGAAGACGCCCGUCAGCUGAUGAGAACACUCUUCCGGCUCGGUGAUUAUGACGGAUUCUGGCGUUUGUGGCGCCAGUUCCCCUUGAAGGGAGUAAAUCGGACACAAGACGAUUACGUGAAUCUAUUUCAAUUGCAUGCCGAACUGGGCGAGGAACUACGAGCUCGAGAGUGUAUCUCGACGGGAGUUGCUCUCAUGGAUCAAGAGACCCCUGCUAUUGCUCUCCAGGGCCCAAUAGUGACCGCCAUCAUGCACUGUAUCUUGGUCGCGGAUCCAAACCUUCAAGCCCGAGAUGAAGACGCUCCUCCGAGUUUCUACCUACCACUGUGGACUAAAUGCCAGGAGGCACUCCAAGGAAAGUGA